UCCACCUGUUGAGCAGACGCCUGUCUGAUGGUGCUGCUUACCAUGUCUGUGGGUGUGUCUAGUGCACAGUAAGAGUCUUUGCAAGUUGUUGGUGCUGCACUGCCUACAGCUAAACGGGUCACGAUGGAGAAAAAGCACAUUCAUGUCCGACACAGCAGACUUUCCAAUUCUGUUAAUUUAAGGAACUGCAGAGGUUCAGAGAGUCGUUUCCACCUGAGCGUUAUUCUGUUCUUCGGCGUGUUCAGCAUCUGCCUGCUCAUCGGACUGCUGGUCGCCAACGCUCAGUACAACGACACCAAACGGCAACUGACUGAGGAUUUCCAGGUCUUGGCAAAGACCCUUGCCGCCAGAAUUUUAGAAACAAGACAGCUGAAAAUAACGCUUGAUGAGAAAUCGACAGAACUAAACAGAGCUCUGUCUGCACAGAACAGUGACUCCAAAUGUAAUGCAAAUGAGGAACUCCAGAGUGAUCUGACUGAACGUCUCCUCGCCUGCAAUGAAUCGCUUUUCAACAUAACCAAAGAAAGAGACCUGCUGAACAACCGGCUUAUUGAGUCUCUUAAAGAGGAAAUCGAUGAAGGAUUGUCUGAGCAAAAUAACUCCAUGUUUAAUACGACAGAAGAAAAUGAGCUCUCUGCACUUCUAGUCAAUCUGACAGCGUCUUGCCCAGAAAAUGCCACAUGUCCUGACGAGUGGUUGAAGUUCAAUUGCUCUUGUUACCAAAUCUCUGGUAAUGGCUCCUGGGAUGAAGGCAGAGAGCACUGCAUGAGAAAAGGAGGAGAUCUGGUGGUGAUAAAUAAUCCUGAGGAGCAGAAUUUUCUUGCUGAAUUCGAGCAGGAAGCAUGGAUUGGUUUGAGCGACAGAGAAACUGAGGGAUCCUGGCUGUGGGUUGACGGAACCGCUCUGAGUUUCAUGUCCUGGAGAAUCAAUCAGCCUGAUAACGGUGGUGGAGACCCAUUAUGGGGUGAGGAGGACUGUGCACAUAUCACACAAUUUGACGGGGCACAGUGGAAUGAUAUGUCAUGUAAUGCUACCAAAUGGUGGAUUUGUGAAAAAAUACCAACCAUGUUUGCUCCAUAAGUUUUGAAAAUGAUUUGUUUUUAUUUUUCAGCAACCAAGCAUACAUUACCGUGUGUAACUCACCUGUUACAAAAUUGCAAACAAUGAACUGUAUCGGCGUACACAAGGGCUUUUUGUUUCUUCCACCAACAGAAAAAGUAUUUUCACUUUGCUUACUUUGCUAGCUCAGUUAAGAUUAGGAAAUGUUUAAGUUGCUAGAAGUCACUCGCUGCUCCUUUUCAUUAUGUGUAUAAAUAAAAGUUCUUGAAUCCAAAUUCUUCUCGGUGCUGAUUAAAUUCUGACUUUUAGUGCUCCACACAUAUGUUUUCUUUUUAGUAGAAAUACAACUUUAAAAGCUGCAAUGUUUGUGAACACAGAAUGAGGCAGAUAAAUAAAAGCGUCCGCCAAGUGACACAGUGAGAGCUGGAAAGAAACGAUUUGGGCUCUGUCUGAAAUCACAUGCACAUGUAAAAUAUU